GUAGUGGCCUGAGAAGGAAAUAAAGAAAGUGAUAGACUGAAGAUUCAAAGACAGUGUGAUGGGAUUUACUCUUAUAAACAGUCACCAAGGGUGGAUUUGGACUUUCUUGUACGGACGGUACUCCAUCCUCACGCUCUCCGCAUGUGUGUAUGUCUGGUUCAGGCUCCUGAAUUGACUUGUGUGUAAUUGGAAAGACAGCGGGACACCAUGACCCUGGGCGCGAUGUGGAGCCGGGUGAAGAACGUAUGCACGCAGAACGGCCUCCUCAUCCUGUCUGUGCUGGCCGUGGUGGUCGGGUGCCUGCUGGGGUUCUUCCUGCGUUCCAAACAGCUCUCUGAACAGGAGGUGAAGUACUUCCAGUUCCCCGGAGAGCUCCUCAUGAGGAUGCUCAAGAUGCUCAUCCUACCUCUUGUUGUCUCCAGUUUGAUGUCCGGUCUGGCAGCAUUGGAUGCUAAAUGCUCAAGCCGCCUGGGCAUCAUGACCAUCUCCUAUUACCUGUGGACCACGUUUGUGGCCGUAGUGGUCGGCAUUAUCCUGGUGAUCAUCAUCCACCCAGGCGGAGCGGCACAGAAAGAGGACUCGGAGGACAGCGGAAAGCCGAUCAUGAGUUCUGCUGACGCUCUGCUUGAUCUCAUCCGCAACAUGUUUCCUGCCAACCUGGUUCAAGCUACUUUUCAACAGUACCGCAGCCAGAGUAUCCCCAUCUUAAAGCCAAAGCCCACUGUGAGCCAGGGCCUGACAGAGUCCCCCACCAGGCGCGUUUUUAUCUACGGCAUUCAAGACGACAAUGGCACAGACAUUCAGAGCUUCUCUCUGGACCUAACGCCACCUCCAGAAGUGGUUUUCAGGACGCUGCCCGGCACCAGCGAGGGCAUGAACGUCCUGGGGAUUGUCAUAUUUUCAGCGACGAUGGGAAUCAUGCUAGGAAGAAUGGGACCCAAUGGCAAGGCGAUGGUCAACUUCUGCCAGAGUUUAAACGAAGCGGUGCUGAAGAUCGUAGCCAUAGUUAUCUGGUAUUUCCCAUUUGGGAUUGUCUUCCUGGUAGCUGGCAAGAUCUUGGAGAUGGAUGACCCUUCUGCAAUGGGGAAGAAAUUGGGUUUCUACGCCAUCACCGUGGUUACCGGGCUGAUCGUCCAUGGUCUCUUCAUCCUGCCCGCCAUGUACUUCUUCAUCACCAAAAAGAGCCCAAUCGUUUACAUCCGAGGCAUUCUUCAGGCUCUGCUCAUCUCACUGGCUACAUCAUCCAGUUCUGCCACACUUCCCAUCACCUUUAAGUGCCUCCUGGAGAACAACCAUAUUGACCGGCGCGUCAUCCGCUUUGUCUUACCCGUUGGAGCCACCAUCAAUAUGGACGGCACUGCACUCUACGAAGCCGUGGCAGCGAUAUUCAUCGCUCAGGUCAAUAAUUAUGAGCUGGACUUUGGUCAGAUCAUCACAAUCAGCAUCACAGCCACAGCAGCCAGUAUUGGUGCAGCGGGGAUUCCUCAGGCUGGCCUGGUAACAAUGGUGAUUGUGUUGACCUCAGUGGGACUUCCUACUGAUGACAUCACGUUAAUCAUUGCUGUCGAUUGGGCCCUGGACCGUUUCAGGACCAUGGUGAACGUGAUGGGAGACGCACUGGCCACAGGAAUUAUGGCACAUAUAUGCAGGAAAGACUUUAUGAAGGACGGUGAAGAGAUUCCUCUGAUCUAUGAAACCAAGCCCAUCCAGCAGACGGUGUCCUAUCAGAGCAACGGCUGCUUCCAGCCUCUUCUGACGCACCACGGGAAGCCUGAACGUCUACCCACAGAUGUGGCUCACCUCAUACAGCUCGAAGAAGGGAUCAGGUCAGAAAGGAAGCACAAAAAGACCACACACCACAUCAAGAGGAGAGACCAGGACCGAACUAGAGAUCGAGAUCACUGCGCUAUUGACAUGAGUGGCCUGGAAACCAAAGUCUAGACUCGCUCAGAUCUUGUGGUUGUGAGAGGAAUGCGCAAGGAACACAUGCUAGUCGUCUAAUCCUGUACUGCAGAUUUGCCAUUGACAUCUAGUAGAGGUUUGAAUGCAUGUGACUAUGCAUGCUAUGGACCAUAUACUGUAAAGCAGUUUUGAAAGAAAAAUGAAAUGACCCGGUCCAAUCUCUGGAACUUUCUAAUACAUGGCACAUGUCAGGAGUUAUAGCUCGUUACAGCGCCUUAUUUGGUCAACAUGGAUACGGCUACAGAUAGAAUCAAAAUGUUUCAUGCACUUGUGACCUUUUGCUUUUUAUUAUUUAUUUUUUUUACAUUUGCUCUGAA